CUGGAACUGUGACUAAGCUGUCUCCUUUUGCUGUUAAGACAUUCCAGGCACACUCACAUUUGGGGGAUGUGGGGAUUGGACUGAGCUGUAAUUGAGCCUUGAGUUUUAACAACCAGGGUCCCACAUUUCUUACUCUGAGAGCAGUUGGCAGUUGGAGCCAUCUUCUAACUACUUGGUGCCUUCUGGUGUAUGGAGCUAGAUGUUUGAGAACUGUCCUGAACAGAAGGAAAAUUAAAUAAGUACAGUAUGUUUCUAGUCAGGGACUCUAUCACAUACAAUGUAAAUGAGAUGAUGGAGACUGAGCCUGCCUAUUCUGACUUCAUCAGCUGUGACCGGAGUGGCCGGAGAAAUGCAAUCCCUGACCUUCAGGGAGAUGCAGCUGCCCUUAAACUGGAGAAAUUGGCAAGCACUAUGGAGGAUAUUGCUAUUUCAGGGGAAGAGAACCAAGAAGAGGCCAAUGCUACCGAGAAGGAACCUGGAUUGACUCCUAACAGCCAAGAUGACAGCCCGACCUUGUGAGAUCUCUCAUUUAGACUACAGAAAGAAGGAUAACUACAGCUCUUCCAUCUGUUAAGAAAUUAAACUGCAAUAAGGAGUCCUGACUUAAAGGUCUCUGUCAUGGCCAUCUGGAUCUCACUGUCACUUUCUGUGGUAGCUGGUGCCACCAAUGAACUUUCUCCAUCACUCUACAUAGCAAAAUAUGUGUUAGUGAUGCGAGCCACUCAAAGAGCCUUAGCAACUAUUUUCCUGUUGAGGAAAACAUUGUUUCAGUAAUAAUAUAUACACUUUGGAUUUGAUUGUACAAGGUACAUUAUGCCCACAUGAUAAACAUAUUUAUUUAUUCCUA